AUGACUGUCCAACAGCUAGGACUUGGAAGCAAUGGCUCAGAAGAUGAGGAUGUUAUGAGAAGUGUGAAGACCAUCUUGGUUACUGGAGGCGCAGGAUUUAUUGGGGGGUGGUUCAUUCGGCACCUCCUUCAGGUAUACGGAACGAGGUAUACGAUACUCUGCUUUGAUAUCCUCGAUUAUUGCGCGUCCAAGUGCAACAUACACUCCGUCGAGCAUCUUCCCAACUUCCACUUUCUUGCAGGCGAUCUGUGCGACCCCGACAGGGUAACAGCUGUCUUCCAGCUAUUUACAGUGGAUGCCAUUGUCCACUUCGCAGCGAAUUCUCAUGUGGACCAGUCUCUAGUUAACCCCGUCUCUUUCACUCGGAACAACGUGACUGGGACCCAUGUUCUUCUGGAAGCAGCACGACAGGCCGGGACGGUCGUACGGUUUAUCCACGUCUCUACUGACGAGGUAUACGGAGAAAAUCGGCCAAACCAGGACUAUGCCUUUACCGAGGAAGAUCGGCUGAACCCGACCAAUCCAUACUCAGCUAGCAAAGCUGCUGCUGAGAUGGUCGCCAAUGCCUAUCGAUAUUCUUUCAAUAUGCCCAUCAUCAUAACUCGCUGCAACAAUGUUUUCGGUCCCUGUCAGUACCCCGAGAAACUCAUCCCCAAAUUUGCAAUGCAAAUGCUGCGUUCCCAGCGUAUGACUUUACAUGGUGAUGGAAACGCAGUUCGUGGGUUUGUCUUCGCCAGCGAUGUUGUGAACGCUUUCGAUCUCAUUCUCCAUCGAGGUCUUGUAUUCGAGACCUACAAUAUCUCCUCCAAGGAGCAGAUUCAAGUCAUAGAGGUUGCGAAACGAAUUCUACGGUGGUUUCAUGCGGGUCCAAGCGAUGCGUGCGAACAGCAUCUCGAAACAGUGACUGAUAGGCCUUUCAAUGACCGGAUGUAUUGGACCGAUGACUCCAAGCUCCGGCAAUUAGGGUGGACAGAGAAAGUUUCGUUUGAUGAUGCACUUACAUUGACACUAGAAUGGUAUCGUGACCAUGGCGAAACAUUUUGGUCUGAGAGAGGCCCAGCCUGUAAAUUGAAUGGGGGUCCGGGGUAAUCCUACUUAUUCACGUUGUUAUCAUCGAGUUGCUUGCGUUUCAGGUGAGGUUAAGACCCAUAUAUGAGG